UAUGUAUUCUUCUUGCAGCGAUGCUCUACUUAGAAAUAAUAAAGUUUCUAAUUACUAUAUAAUACAAAUUGAGGAAAAUAGUGUAGAAUCUAAAGUUGAGUGUCUUAUGGUUAAUGAUACACAUUUUGAAAUAAUUAUUGACAGUGAUAAGAACUAUCCAAAUAUAGUAAAUAGCACUCAAUUUGAAAAUAAUUAUUCCUACCAAAAAUAUGUGAAUUAUCCAAACUUUACGGAUUCGGAAAUGGAUAAAAUACUUCAAGAAACUCUAGUUUGUUCUCAAGAAGCUAGCUUUAAAAGUUAUUAUUCUGCUUUGGAAAGUAACAUGCUUGAAUUUUGGGAUGGAUAUAAGAUUGAGUAUAAUAAUAACACUGAUGGAAUUUGUAAAUGUUUUAUGAGAGAAGCUUGCAUAAUUUCCGGUGAAUCAGUCACCAAAUGUAAACAAGAAGUCAGUUCCUAUGAUCCAUAUUUUAAUUAUACAGGAGAGUUUUCAGUUUUUCCAAAACGCUUACCACUUAGAAAAUUAUAUCUAGGUGAUACUGGACAUUCUUAUGAAGCUAUUGAAUAUUCAAUCGGUAAACUCAAAUGUCUUGGUCGUUUUAAAGAAAAUAACAGUAUCCUUUAUGCAAAUUUAUCUCCGUAUAGGUCAUGUGCAUUUUUUGCCAGUUACCUAUACGACAAUUCCAAUUCAACUUGCGUUACCAUAAUUGGUUCCAAUAAUCAUAUAACUGCAAAGGGUAAUGAAGUUAUUAACUCCCUAGAGAUUUUGGGCAAGAAUAUUAGUUGUUUAGAGAUGAUUGUCUCUAUUCCAAUCAACGGAAAUAAUAAUAUCAUAUGCCCUAUCAAAGAGGGCAAAGAAAGUGAUGAAUGCACAUUUAAAUGUGACUAUAAUUUUACAACUGACGUCUUCAUUCAUUUCACAUCUAUGAAAGAAUUUAAAAUAUGUGAAAUUCGCGGAAAAUUUCUAGAAACAGUUGAAGAAUAA